CAGCCCCAGCUGUAAGAAUACAGCUGCUUCUCCCAGAGACCAGGACUUCCCAGGGAAGUAAUGGGGGAGUGGGAAAGCCACCCCCAGCACUCUGAGAACUGGCUCAACAGGUCUCAGGGUAGUUAGAUGGGCCACCUGGACAGGUGACCAGCAGCUGCCUGGCCUCUGUUUUUUCUACCUCCUUUCUUUCCUUUUAUCUCUCGGGGUUCAUCAGCUCCCCAGAGUUUGCCUCAUGAGUGUCCUUCAAGAAUUGAUCCUGUCAGGAUCAAAUCAUCCAUCUCAACCCCAGCAUAUCCACACAAGGUCCUACAUUUACUUAGUUCAUUUCUGUGUUCCCCUAGGUCUGGCUGUUUCAGAGCUAGAGCAACUUUUUGUGUAUUAAAACUCUCAGUCCCUCUCCUGCAAUAUACAUCAGGAAGUAGGCACAGUCAGAAGUGGUAACAGUUUCAAUUUUGUAAUACUAGAAAUCUCAACUCCCACUAGACAUUUCCAUACCUGGAGCUAUUUUUCUAGGGUUAAAGGAAAGGGGAGUCCCCUCAUCUGCUAGUUCCCAGAGUGACAGCAGCACCACUCCUUAGUCCCACCUCCUUCUUAACCCCAGGUGGCCCCAAAUCCUCUCUGAAAGGGUAAGGUUCAGGUAUCAGCAUAGCAGCCUAUAAGACUUGCUUUGGGGUGGGGAGGGUAUGGAAGGCUUAGAUCAAAUGUCCUGAGUGAGCCAGGACCAGAUUGUCCCCAACACAAAAUAGAUGGGAAGUAGCUACCAUAGACUGCCAUUUUGGAUUAGACCAGCCCCAGGCAUGAACUAAAUCCACAAUCCUUGGAUUAGUCAUGGAACUGAAGAGAGGACACAGCACAGGGCUGUGCCUGGCAGGGAGUCUGGAGUUUCUGGUUUGGUGUGAGCCAGGGGAGGGGCCUCCACGUAGGGGGAGGGCGGGAAACUAGGGCUGGGCCCCAGUCAACUAUGCAAGGCUGUGCAAACAGGCAGCACGAAGAGGAUCCAGCAGCUUCCUGAAACUCAGGAGUGGACACUACAGCGUUGACCACCUAAGGCACCACUCCUGUUCUAAAGCUUGUAACUCCAUUUGUCUUUCUGAGGUCUCUGCUUAUCCUGUACCCCAAGGAUGGAACCAGUGCUAGGAGUAAAAAUUGGCUGCCUAUUUGCCCUGCUGGUUCUCACGCUGGUCUGUGGCCUUAUUCCCAUCUGCUUCAAGUGGUUCCAGAUGGAGGCAGCCAGAGGUCGUCACCGCCAGGUCCUCAGCCUCCUGGGCUGCAUUUCUGCUGGUAUCUUCCUGGGAGCAGGGUUCAUGCACAUGACUGCUGAAGCCCUGGAGGGAAUUGAGUCGGAGAUCCAGAAGGUCAUGAUGCAGAACAGGACAGAGAGUGGGGGGAAUUCUUCUGGAGAUGCUAAUUCAGUUUAUACGGACUAUCCCUAUGGAGAGCUCAUCAUCUCCCUGGGCUUCUUCUCCGUCUUCUUUUUGGAGUCGCUGGCAUUGCAGUGCUGUCCUGGAGCCCAUGGAGGAGCAAAAGUGCAGGAGCAGGAACUAGGUGGGGCUCAUGUCCUUGGACUCCACAGCCAUGGACCUCUACCCUCACCCUCACAGAGUCCCUUUCGAGCCCUCAUCCUUUUGCUCUCUCUCUCCUUCCACUCGGUGUUUGAAGGUCUGGCUGUGGGGCUGCAGACAACAGUCGUAGCCACCGUGCAGCUCUGUCUUGCUGUCCUGGCUCACAAGGGGCUCAUAGUGUUUGGUGUAGGACUGCGGCUGGUGCAGGUCGGCACUGCGUCCCGAUGGGCCGUGUUCUGCAUAUUGUCCUUUGCUCUCAUGUCCCCCCUGGGUGUAGCCCUGGGGAUGGCUGUUGCUGGAGGGGACUCCGAAGGGGGGCGAGGCCUAGCCCAGGCUGUGUUAGAGGGUGUGGCAGCUGGCACCUUCCUGUAUGUCACCUUCCUAGAAAUCCUGCCCAGGGAGCUAGCAGGUCCUGAGGCCCCUCUGGUCAAGUGGGGCUGUGUAGCCGCUGGUUUUGCCUUCAUGGCCUUAAUUGCCUUGUGGGCCUGAGAGAUUCCUGACUUUUCUGAUGGAUCCAGGAGUCACUUCCCAAAAGGCUUUGGUCCUCAGACAUUUCUCCACUAAGACUAAGUGGCAUUCACUAGGCAUCAUCCCCAUGAACGGGAUCCCAGCCUCUCCUACGUGAGAUCCCAUUGCUCAUCCAGGACUGAGAAAAGGACGUUUAAUUUAGGUUGAGUGCCUAUACUUUGGAGAAUUGAUAAAAAGACCAUCACUGCAGAUUUGACUCUUGUUCCAUUUUUGCUACUGUGUGUAAUAAAUGUCCAGUUUAUCCUCCCCCUUCAAGCAUGCUAUUCUUUCUUUCUUCGUGUUACCUAACUGCUGCCUAGUGGAGCAGGAAGUGGGGAGAGUGAGUGUUGGAUGCAGUCUCUUCUUCUGGAAUCAGAGCCCCUAGCCAUGUGUCACUUGCAGCCAUGUCCCCCAGACAUGGGAGCACUGCUGACAUUCCAACAGCCCGCUCCCACCUUACCCACCGGUGUUGAGAUCCUGAGCCAGAGUUCCCAGCAUUUAGAGGAGAAGAGGUCUAAAAACAGAAACGGUGGGGAUUUUAGAUUUUUUUUCUACACUAACCACACCUACCCCACUCCCAGUACUUACUAUCCUGCCCACAUGUCCAGCAAACUCUUCAGAUCAGGCUCAAUGGAGCCUACUUCCACCUGGUUUCUAUUUUUGACACUGAGUCUUGUGUGGCUUCAGGGACAUGAUUGCUCUUUGAGCCUCUGUCUCCUUCCAGCUGCCUUGUGCUACAGGAUUAAGAAGCAGUGUGUUUGUAAAGAGAGAAAGGCGCCAGAUAAAUUCCAAGGGUGAUUACUUGGCUCUGCCGAGACAUGGUGACUUUCCUUCUGCCUGCCCUACCUGCCACUAUGCCUCUGGUGCCUCCCCACUGGGCCAUUUGCCUUUCAGGCGAGUAACCCCUACAAUGUGCUGCUUUUCUUAAAAACUGCACAAAUAAAAAAAUAAUAAAAGAACUGAUUACCUGGAAUUGAGGAGGAGCAGGAUGGCCCUGACCCAUGAGACAGAGGAAUGUCUCAGACUUGGUGGAGAGACAGGGAAAGCAGAGGUGUGUCCUCUGAGCUCAGGCACCCUCACCAAUUGCCCCUUCAAAUACUUUCAGUGGAGAAGCUCAAGAGGCCUUAACAUGGGCAAGGUCUCCUGAGUUUCAUUCUUAUCUCAUUUCAUUUCUGUCUUCUGUCCUUCCCAUUCCCCUCCCCACAAAUUAAGAAUAGAAACCUCCUCACCAGCACAGCUCACGCAUCCAGGGAUCAGUGAGAAGCCAAGCUAAAGGCAAAACCAAAUAAAAAUGACGAAAUAACUUCCCUGAAGCACCAUCCCAAUCUGCUUCCCUUCAGGGCUAAAUGCACUCACACAUAACACAGUCAGAACAGGGUCUAAUAUGUUGUCAUGGUAAUGAAGUUUCCACAUUGAGCUUCUGCUAUGUGCCAGGUACUCUACUGUUGCUUCCACAUAUAUUAUCUCACCUUCCCAACCCUGCCAGGUAGAUAUCCCCAUAGUAAGUCCAAGGAAGCGCACUCUGAAGUUAAAUAACUUGAUCACCUAACUAGGCUUCAAACCCAUGUUUCUGUGAUGCUAAGAAAACCUCAAAAUACAGAUUCUCUUUUUACCUUCCCUUCCUCAUCUUUACCUUACCUGUUCUUCCUGUCUUAUGUGUAAGGGUCUUGGGGAAAAGCAGAGAGCACAUUGGAUAACUGAGGGGCAAGUUUAAUAAAGAGAGUGUGUAGCAGGUGUGGCCAGGAUUAGGACAGAGCAACAAGUGAUGAUGGACCACCAGGAGGCUGAGCAAUAGCAAUGCUGUUAUCUAGGCUGAAGAGAAGGAGCAGUUACCAGAAACUCAAGAGCCAUUAAGAGCUGUGGCCCUUGGUAGAAGAACACAGCAGCCUGCAGGGGCUCCAUAGGAGGAGGCAGAAGGAUACCUUCACACUCCUACACUUGAUCUACUGUCUUGUCUUUUACUGGCCCUGCCUAAACCAAAGCCAAAGGAUAAAAACAUCUGUUGGGGUAUUGCUGAUAGAUCAGCCUGCGGAAGCAUGGGUCAGAAAGAAACCUGGAGGGCCAAUAGAAAAUGUCCAGCAUCGGUUCUCUGCUGCUUUCAACUUAAGUGAUCUUGCCAGGAUAUUCAGAAGAAUGAAUUAGAAGGGACACGAUUAUAUGGACAUUAGAGAGCUAUUUCUGGUUCAGAGGAUUGUAAGACUAUAGAAAGGAGACUUGAAGAGAAGUACAUUAGACUCCAGGGCUCUUCAUGUGUUUCUGGGUCAGUGAUGAAAUCAGCAAUUGAGGUAAAUGAGCAGAGGUUGGGAAAAUUCAAGCAGAGUGACUCGUGUUUUGCUUCAUCCCAACCCAGGAGCACUUAGAUUCCCCUUUAGCCACCUCUACUUUCAGCCAGCAGUGCUUUCUUUCCUCCCAUUACCAUUCCCGUUCCCAAGAUCCUUACCAACCAGGACAGGAACCAAAACAGACUACAGAAUGGCUCCAUAAAGGGAACAUCAGGAUCAGGAAGAGAAACAAUCUUGACUAUUUUCAAAAGAUCCCCAGCAAGAAGCCAGAGAGGGCUAUAAUGGUGCAGAAGAAGAAUGUGAUUUUUAAAUGGGACUGAAACCAGGAAAGAUGGAAUAAGAACAGGCAUGAGAACCACAGGAGAGGAGGGAGAGCUGAAUUCACUAGAGCAUGGUGACUGGAAGCCAGAAUCAGGACUGAUCUUUGAUUCAGCCUUGAGAGACAGGUUGUAACUCAAGAAAAUUAAGAUUAUGAAAGACCGUGUGUUUCCAAAAUGACAGCAAUGGAUAUGGAUACAACGAGUGGCACCAACAGCAGCACAGGCAAAAAAUGCAUUGAAGUGAAAAAGUGGCACACAGUAGCCCUCUGGGGCUGCGAUAUUGUGGUUGAUAACUGUGCCAUCUGCAGGAGCCACAUUAUGGAGUGUCAGGCAAACCAGGCACCUGCCACUUCUGAAGAAUGCAACGUUGUGUGGGGAGUAAUCAUGCUUUUCACUUCCACUGCAUCUCUUGCUGGCUCAAAACACGGCAGGUGUGUCCGCUGGACAACAGAGAGUGGGAAUUC